UACUGCAUACACAUAAUGGAAAUAGCAACUAUCAAUGGAUUGAACAUUGGAAAAAGUUGAAGCAGAAGUCAUAUUUUAAUUAUCGGAUUAGUGAGCUUGCAGAGGACCAUUAUAACAGUGGAAAUGUCAUUGACCAAAUGUCCAAUCACAACAUACAUCAGGUUGUUCCUAUUGUGGAGAAGACGUACAAUGGAAGUAAAUGUGUCCAAUCUUUUCAGCAGUCUUCAGAUUACUCUGAACAGGAUAAUAUUCAUGCUGGGGAGGAGGCUUACAAAUGGAAUCCAUGUGGGAGAGUCUUCAGUCAAAUAUUCAAUCUAAAUAUAAUGGAAAAAAUCCAUAGUGGGGAAAAACCUUAUCAAUGUAAAGAUUCUAAUAAAACAUCUAAUUGGCCUUCAAGUUCUACUCUAAAUCAGAAAACUCACACUGCAGAGAAGACUUACAAAUAUGAAGCAUGUGGCAAAGCCUUUAAAUGUCAUUCAUCUCUUAUUGUACAUACGGGAGGAAAUCAUACUAUAGCAAAAUUUUGCAAACUCAAAGAAAAUGGAACAGGCUUUAGUCAGUCCUCAAGACAUAAUCAACAUCAUAGAAAUUAUAUAGAAGAAAAGUCUUAUAAGUGUUCAGAGUGUGGCAAAGUCUUUAGCCGGCCUUCAACAUUUAGUAUUCAUCUCAGAAUUCACACUGGAGAGAAACCUUAUAAAUAUAGAGAAUAUGACAAAUCCUUUAACAGCCAUGUGGUUCUUAGUAAUCAUCACAGUGUUCAUUCUGAAGAUAAGCCUUAUAAAUGUAGAGAAUGUGGUAAAGCAUUCCUCCACAUAUCAAACAUGAUUCGACAUCAGAAAGUUCAUACUGGAGAGAAACCUUACAAAUGUAAAGAAUGUGGCAAAGCCUUUAGUCAGUCCUUCUGCCUUAAUCGGCAUCAGAGUGUUCAUACUGGAGAGAAGCCUUAUAAAUGUACAAAAUGUGGAAAAGCAUUCAGUGAGUCUGCAAGCCUUAAUCGACAUCAGAGAGUUCACACUGGAGAAAAGCUGUAUAAAUGUAGAGAAUGUGACCAAGCCUUUAGCUGGCCCUCAACCCUUAGUAGUCAUCAGAAAAUUCACACUGGAGAGAAACCUUAUAAAUGUAGAGAAUGUGGCAAAGCCUUCAGUCAGUCCUCCUCCCUUAAUCGUCAUCAGAGUGUUCAUACUGGAGAGAAGCCUUAUAAAUGUACAGAAUGUGGCAAAGCGUUCAGUGAGUCUGCAACCCUUAAUCGACAUCAGAGAGUUCAUACUGGAGAAAAGCUGUAUAAAUGUGGAGAAUGUGACCAAGCCUUUAGCUGGCCCUCAACCCUUACUAAUCAUCAGAAAAUUCACACUGGAAAGAAACCUUAUAAAUAUAGAGAAUAUGGCAAAUCCUUUAUUAGCCAUGCAGGUGUUACUAAUCGUCAAGAUGUUCAUACUGAAGAUAAACCUUAUAAAUGUAGAGAAUGUGGUAAAGCUUUCUUCCAUGCCUCGAACGUGAUUCGACAUCAGAAAGUUCAUACUGGAGAGAAACCU